GCAAAGCGGAUCCAAACCCUCGUAUAUCAGCAGCACAGUCGAAUACAUCCGUCGGCGUAUUCCCGUCUGCGAGAACGUCUCGGAUACUCUUCUAUGUUUCCCUCAUUACGCAACCUCCAAUGGCGACAAGCAGCCCAUGUUGACGACCUAUCCCCUAUGCUGUUUUCUCCAUCCCUGCGGAGCAUUGCGAUCUCCUUAGUGCAGUCAGGUGCGGGAGUUUUUGAGGAUACUUUUGCGAUCAGUCACUAUCACGUCCAUGUCACCGUACUUACCUUCAGACUGCUCGACCUGCAUGGCCCUAUUAUCUCGGCCACAUUUCCAACCCUGCUUGCAGCGGGUACAUUUGCGCCUAGCCCUUACUACCAACAAUGGCGAUACACCUCCCCUUAUGGACGUAAUCCGGCCUCUCCUUGAGGUGAACCUCUUACGAGACGUAAGCUUCGACUUUAACGAUCCUGUGUACUGCGAUGAUUCCGACAUGACGGCGAUGGCGUCUGCCUGGCCGCAUUUACGACGCCUCCACGUCUGGCACCGUUCCCCAGGACGUGAAUCUUACUCGCCAACAGUGGAGUCGCUGUACUCCUUUGCAUCGCGCUGCCUCGAGCUCCGUGACCUGUCCAUAACUAUGAAUGCCCAAUCAGUAUCCAGUCUGGGUAAUAUCAAAAUCCCUCCACAUCUCUUGCAAGCCUUGCGAUUCCUCGGGGACGUCAAGAUACAGGACGUCGAAGCUACCGCAUCUUUCAUUCGCCAGCUAUUCC